CCCUCUUUCGAAUUUCAAAUUUCAAAUACCAAACAAAUAUCUAGCCGCUGUCUCUCUCUCUCUCUCCUCUUUCCUCUCUCUCUCUCAUAUAAACCCCUCGUCACCCUCCACCCACCACAUUUUUAAUUUCCUUUCUCUCUCGAUUCACAAAUUCUCUCCCUUUCAGAAAACUUCUCUCUCUCCUCUCUCUCUCUCUCUAAACAAGAAGAAAAGAUGCGUGAAAUCCUCCACAUACAGGGCGGCCAAUGCGGAAACCAGAUCGGCGCUAAGUUUUGGGAGGUGGUGUGCGCGGAGCACGGCAUCGACGCCACCGGCCGAUACCAGGGUGACUCAGAUCUACAGCUGGAGAGGGUUAAUGUCUACUACAACGAAGCCAGUUGCGGUAGAUUCGUCCCUCGGGCCGUCCUCAUGGACCUCGAGCCCGGGACCAUGGACAGCCUUCGCUCCGGCCCGUAUGGCCAGAUCUUCAGGCCCGAUAAUUUUGUAUUCGGCCAGUCAGGCGCCGGGAACAACUGGGCUAAAGGUCACUACACCGAGGGCGCGGAAUUGAUCGAUUCCGUUCUCGAUGUUGUCAGGAAAGAAGCAGAGAACUGCGAUUGUUUGCAAGGAUUCCAAGUGUGUCACUCUUUGGGAGGAGGAACAGGAUCUGGUAUGGGGACUUUGUUGAUCUCAAAAAUUAGGGAGGAGUAUCCAGACAGGAUGAUGCUCACCUUCUCCGUUUUCCCAUCUCCCAAAGUCUCGGAUACUGUUGUGGAGCCUUACAAUGCCACACUAUCCGUUCACCAGCUCGUGGAGAAUGCAGAUGAGUGCAUGGUUCUCGACAACGAGGCUCUCUACGACAUCUGCUUCAGGACACUCAAGCUCACAACACCUAGCUUUGGUGAUCUUAACCAUCUUAUCUCUGCCACCAUGUCUGGUGUCACAUGCUGUCUAAGGUUUCCUGGCCAGCUUAACUCCGAUCUUCGUAAACUUGCUGUCAAUCUCAUCCCGUUCCCACGUCUGCACUUCUUCAUGUUGGGAUUUGCCCCACUCACCUCUCGUGGAUCCCAGCAGUACAGAGCACUAUCAGUCCCCGAGCUCACCCAGCAGAUGUGGGACUCAAAGAACAUGAUGUGUGCCGCUGACCCACGCCACGGCCGCUACCUAACUGCCUCAGCCAUCUUCCGAGGAAAGAUGAGCACGAAGGAAGUGGACGAACAGAUGCUGAACGUUCAGAACAAGAACUCCUCCUACUUCGUCGAGUGGAUCCCUAACAACGUGAAAUCAACUGUGUGCGACAUCCCCCCGACUGGGCUGAAGAUGGCCUCAACCUUCGUUGGGAACUCGACGUCCAUCCAGGAGAUGUUCCGGAGGGUGAGCGAGCAGUUCACGGCCAUGUUCCGCAGGAAGGCCUUCUUGCACUGGUACACCGGGGAAGGGAUGGACGAGAUGGAGUUCACGGAGGCGGAGAGCAACAUGAACGAUCUGGUGGCGGAGUAUCAGCAGUACCAGGAUGCGACGGCCGACGAGGAGGGUGAGUACGAGGAUGAAGAAGAAGAGGAGUACCAGGAGUGAUUGGGGGAGAAAGUCAGGGUUGUUUUUAGGAUUUAGUUGCUGUUGACUGUGGUUGUAAUCUCAACUUCCAGUUGAGCAACGGCUCAAAUAUGGAAUGGAAAAAAAAACCAGGGGGUAUCAAAAAAACUCAAAUGCAUAUGUUGCAUCUUUUGAAUUCGUUUCUGCAAUUUAUGGAGAAUUAAAUUUCUUCAGUUUCUUCAUGUGAAGCAUUUAAUAUUUUGCUCGUUUCAGUUUACUCGUAUUUGCCUUGGAAACUCAGAUUGCUUUUUGCUGUAAGUUUUGUUUUGAUCGAGUAAAGUUUAAAUAUUUGUGUUAA